AUGACAAAUGGGGUCUCGAGGGCUUGCGCACGCUGUCACGCGAAGAAGAUCAAGUGUGAUGGGACCUUGAAUUGCAAGAAUUGUUUCGAUGCCCGCGCACCAUGUGAACCUUAUACUAGGCUCAGACGAAUCGAGUUGCACAAAAACACGCAAGCAAGGUUGGCCUGGCUUGAGGAUGAGCUAAGUUCGAUUUUCAGUGUCGACUGCAGUCUUGUCGAAACCGGAACUCCUUUGGAACCGGUCAUCAGGGCCUCCAGAUCGAACAGUGCGGCACUUUAUAGUCCAUCGGCCCACGCUAGCCAACGAGAACAUAAUCCAGGGACUGCUGUUCCGGGGAGCCAUCAUGCUAGCCAGCAAGAUGAUGGGGUUGGGAAUACCAAUGCCAACAUUGACGCGCCAGAAACAGGAUUGCUCGCUCUCAACGCUACAGGUGAAUUGCGCUAUCUAGGCCCUUCUUCUGGCUCGUUCUUUGCCAAUUACGCUGCAUCAUUAGCCCGGUCAUGUGUGCGGAGCCAAGGUGUUCGGAAUCAUCCCUCAAGCACCACGUCCGAGCAAAUCAGGCACGAGAGAACAGUCACUGUCGCCAAUGUACACCAGGUCCUUUUCCCUGACACAAUUCGACUGCUGACUCACUCUUUCCGGAUCUGGACGUUACCUCUCUAUCCACUAUUCAGCAACCAAGACCUGAACAGUCUCGUCGCGCAAUACGAGAACUUGCAAACCAAUCCUCAAAUAGAACAAAGAGAACACACUCGUGACCUUAUUCUCUUCUAUCUGGUCAUGGCUUUGGGAUCCAUCAACGCAUCCCACACGAUGAAGCAAUGUCCGAGUGUAUCACCAAAUGCGACUCACGCCGCGCCAUCAGCAAGCCUGCUCUAUGCAAAGGCCCUCGAGCUGUUUGAACAUGACGUGCAACACCUGCGCCCCAGCGUAUCCUUGAUUCAGAUACUUUUGUUGAUUUCUAUAUUCAGCUCGUACGGACCGAGCGGAUUCAGUCAAUGGCAACUAGCGGGGCUAGCGAUGCGGAUGACUCUGGAACUUGGGCUUCAUUGUUUCCAUGUUAGGACCCCAAAUCACGACAGUGAUAGGCGGAAUCGGGUCUUUUGGACGAUGUACGUUAUCGAGAUUUCGCUGGCGUAUAAUCUCGGAAGGCCACCAAGCAUCGUGAACGACCACAUUACUGCACCUUUACCUGUUUCCACAGACAAGAGCGCUCUCGCUCUGCAUUAUAUCAGACACAGACAGAUCCAGAACAAACUCAUAGCCUUAGUCUACCGUACAAAUCCACCCAAAGGGCUCUCUUCGGCCGAUGGAGCUCGCAUCAUCCAGGACCUACAGGCAGAGCUGGACGAUUGGAAAACCCAACUUCAGCAGCUGCACCAACAGGAACCAAACUCUGCGUACCCGCCGUGUUACUGGGAAAGGUUGUAUCACGGGACAACGUUUGUGUUGCAUCGAUCUAGUCCAUUGUGCCCGAAGCCUUCUUCUGAAUCUGCUGUGCGGUGUAUCCAGUCCGCUGGAACUUAUGUUGACAACGUGUUGACUGUGUUACGCACCAGCAAUGUCCCGUUGACCUGGAUGCUUGUUCAGGGUGUCCUCUUCGCCGGUCUGACGAUGCUUGUGACUGCAAGAACGACAACAUCGGAACUAGUCCAACGCGCUGAUGCGACCAUCUGGCUAGUUAACUUUGCCAACUGGACAAGGAAAUGCUCCAUGUGCAUAGCAAUAAUGAACGAACGAUGGAGUGAAGAUUUGCUGUCGAGAUUGGACGCACAGUUCGAGGCACUGGCCAGUGAUACGCUCAAGAUGGUCGCCGGAAGCCUCACAAACAGGAGUGGAAGCACAGAAACCUUCCAAACAUCUGUUUCUACACUGGAUCCCACUAACAAUAUCGCGGAUCCCACUUCGUGGCCUGGUGACGUAAGCGCCACUUAUAUAGACUUGCCAAUGCCCGCCGACCUAGGCUCUCUGGAUCCUUUCAGCGACCUCCUGGGUUUUGACAACGGUCAAGCGUUUUGGAAUUUUUUCCCUUCUCAGUCUGGCUUCGACGUCCUGGAUGCGUUAGGGCCGGAGCAGUACCAUAGAGAUGAGUCUCAGACUUGGGCAGACAUGUUUUCAUAA